AUGAAGGUCGCGCGGGAUCAAGAGAAGUCCGGCAGGAAGGCGGCAGACAACGGGAAGCAACCAAUGCCACGCAAGCGUGUUUCUACACCGACCGUGGCCGAAAUUUCUGCUGCCGUGCUGGAUAAGGACAAGGUGGGGGAGCACGAGUCGAUGGAGGAUCCUAACCACGGCAUAGCCGACGUCGGUGGCUCUCCUCCUUCUGGUGGACGGGGGAGACGUAGGCAGAGGAAGAGCGAUGAGGAGGACGAUUCUGACACCGCCGUGCCCGGGGACAUCACCACGCGGGCGAAGUGGCAGCAGACGACAGGCACUGCCGACGACGCCGGUGGCGCGGAAGUUGGGAGAACGCGAGGCGCCAGUGAAGCUAGUGGCAAAGCGAUGGGUCAUGCAUUGCGCCAAAAGGGCCGACCCGCAGCAAGAAAAACAUUCGGCGGAAGGAGGGGCAAGAAACGGGGUCGUGAAGACCCUGGUGAGGCCGAGGAGGAGGAUGCGCAGGAAGAGGAGGAUGAAGAGGAUGCAGAGGAGGAUGACGCGGAUGUUGGGGAGGAUGAAAAAGAUGAGAAUGAUGGCGGGGAGGACGAAGAGGAGGAGGAGGAGGAGGAGGAGGAGGAGGACGAUGAGGAGGAGGAUGAGGAGGAGGAGGAGGAGGAGGAUGAGGAGGAGGAGGAGGAGGAGGAGGAUGAUGAGGAGGAGGAGGAGGAGGAGGAGGAGGAGGAGGAGGAGGAGGAAGAGCAGGGGGACGACGAGGAGGAGGAUGAACAGGAGGAGGAGGAGGAGGCAGAGGAGGAGGAGUAG